AGCAGGACAGCUUUUCAGAGGGAUUAAAUGCACCGCGGGGACAUACUGCACUCUUUUCGUCAUGAUUGCCCACAUAACAUAUCGAGGCCUGAUCUGCCUGGUUAUCGUUGUGAUGGCAGGAGCUGAGGUGCAGGAAAGCUUCUCUCCUGAGUGUAAACAGUUCCUGUACAUGGGCACACUGCCUCGAGGGCUCGAGGAGCAGCCGUUCAAGAAGAUCUGCCAGUUCUAUGAGGGAAAACCUCGAUUUGUGACUCUGUAUGACACCUUCAACCACAUCCCUGUUUAUUCUGCGUACAUUUUCAAGCGCUCAGACGGCUCCAAGAAGGUAGAUGUGCCUUGGAUGUAUGAGCCACAGCUGUCCACAGUGUCCGGCCCCAGAGACAUGCAGCAGUUCCCUUCUGAAAACAUUCAUAAGAGUUUUGAAGAUGCACAGGCCGUCCUCGACGACUACUCUAACACUGUCAUCUUCGAGCGUGGACAGCUGAAUCCAGACGAGCACCAGGCCCAUCCCGACGACAAGGCAGCCACCUACACUCUGACAAAUGUGGUCCCUCAGGUGCGAGAGUUCAACAUUGGUCCCUGGAAAAUGCACGAGCACACCAUCCGCAGGCGGCUCAACAACUACUGCCGAGGCAGCGCCUAUGUGGUCACCGGGAUCACCACCUCGGGUCACACAAUCCGCCGCCAUAACAUCAACCGCCUGGGCAUCCCCACCUACCUCUGGUCGGCCUACUGUUGUAUUGAUUUUGACCACAAUGCACCGUACUCUGAGCGCUCCAAGUUGCCAACGUUUGCAGCUUACGGGCUCAACGACAGCGAGAAUAAUAGGGUUCAGGAGAUGACGGUGCAGCAGCUGGAGGACUUCCUGAAGAAGGUCACUUAUGUUGAAAGCUCUUUCCAGAUCUUCUAUGACAACUGUGUGCCUCCUAAUAGUGCCAACAGUGCCCUGCACCUGCCUUGAAAACAUGAGGAUGGUCCAUCAGAUUUAGUAUAGCUUCAUAUUUACAUCACUGUCAGUAGGAUGCAACAUUUAGCAGCUGAUUAAGAAUUAAUCAUUUCAUAAUAUCAUAUAAUAAUAUUAAUAAUAUUCAUUUAAAUUGAUCUAUUAAAUAAAACGAGUGGCGCACAUAGCUUUGAUUUCCAUUAUACAAUUAAGUUUUGCAGGUAAUUGCUCUGUGGGUUUCACAUUUAAGAAAUAAUUUGAUUUUGCUUGGGCCUGACAUGUUCUUCUCACCACUAGCACCCUGAUUUGCUUAAUAACUACACUAAUCUUUAUUUAUAUUACCCAUUACUUACUCUGUAGAUUUUGUUGAAAAAGAAAAAUACGCAGUAGAACAGGAUAAUCUCACUUACUGGCUUUUCAGAGAUGCAUUUCUACUGAAGAAGACCUGAAGAUGAUGUGGCUGAAAGCUCUGAAAAGCUACUAAGUGGAGCUUUGAGCUUAGGUUUUGUGACAUACAAAAUGUACGGUCCCCAAUGUUGGCAUAUGAAAUAAAAAUCUCAAGUAAUAUUUGAAACUUUACUAGUUCUCCAUAUAUUUUCCUUGGUUAUAAUUUCAAUUGUGUUGUAUUAGAUGGGAGAAGCUUAACAAGCUUUUGUUGUGCAUACGCUCACUAUGAUAAACCCACAGCAUACGGGGUUGUACUCUUCAUUCACUUUAUCUUAUCCUCUUCAUGACUGGGAACUACACCUGCCUGUGUAAGCCUUUUGUUCAGCACAGACAGAUUAGACCAAGAGUUUUACAUUUUCACAUCCAGCCUCUUAAGCUGCAGCAUUACUCUGCUCCUCUUUGUGAGACUCAAGACAAAUUCAGCAAAAACCGAGACAAUAUCCCCAUUUCACUUUGGAGUUUUUUCCCUAUAAAUUACAAGGAUAUUAACAUAAUGCAUAUUUUACUUAUUUAUUUUACUUCUAGAUGUGAUAAUGUGUUUCUUGAUCAGAAUAAAAAGCAGUAAUGAAGUGGGUUCUGUGUUUG